AUGGAUGAUACAGAAUAUUUUACAUCUGAUUCUAGCGAAGAUGAACUGAUUAUUGCAGAAAAUCUGUUAGUGCACACACAUUUCAUUUUGACUAGCAGUUGUGCUACAAGAAAUGGCGGUUCCAGAUCAAAGAAAAAACCCAACAUCAAUCGGGUAGCGGAAGAGGGUGCUCAACGUUUGUAUGAGGAUUAUUUUUCGGGAGCUUCCAUUUACACUGAUGCACAGUUUCGUCGACGAUUUCGUAUGAGCCGCAAAUUAUUCUUAAAAAUCGCAAACGAUGUGAAAAACAGUAACCAGUAUUUUAUCCGCAAACCCAACGCUGCAGGUCAACUGGGAUUGAACUACUUGCAAAAGUGUACUGCCGCAGUUAGGCAACUAGCUUAUGGAAUUCCUGCUGAUGCAUUAGAUGAGUAUACUAGAAUGGCUGAGUCAACUGCUCGCAAAUGUCUUAAAGAAUUCUGCAAGACGGUUGAAACACCCUAUGAGAAAGAAUUCCUUCGACACCCAAAUGAAGCUGACAUACAGCGAUUGUUGAAAGAGAAUGAGCAACGCGGUUUCCCUGCACUUCGCAAAAAUGCAAGAAGCAGUGCAAUGCAAGACGUCGAGCGGGCAUUCGGUGUGUUGAUGGCAAGAUUUGCGAUAGUGAAAAAUCCUGCAAGGCUGUGGAAUAAAGACGAUCUCAGGAGUAUAAUGCGUACAUGCAUUAUUCUACAUAAUAUGAUCAUAGAGGAUGAAAGAGAUAAUGUAGUUACCUUUGAUUAUAUGUUUGCUUACGAAAACGCAACUACAAAUGUACCUAUGUGUUCGAAACUAGAUUUCAGUGCCUUUUUAACUCGCUAUAAGCAGGUUCAUGAUACAGCAAUGCACUAUCAGUUGCGAAAUGAUCUAAUUGAACAUUUAUGGAAUAUGAGGGGCGAAGAAGAAUAA